CUGACUGGUUGAGAGAAUCACGUGACGUUAUCCACUGUUGAGCGUUUUACAAAGUACCCGCCAGCGCGGCAUAUUCAACAUUUAAGCCUCAGAGCAGCUGUUCCUGUCCUGCCCAGUCUUUGAUAUAUAUAUUUAUUAUUUCACUUUUUCUUUAAUCACCACGUAUAGAAGAUAAACAUGGACUGUGUGGACUAUCCAAGAGUUUUUCCUAAUUCACCGAGGAAAGCACGGGGACAGAUUCAGGUCAUCUUUGGACCCAUGUUUUCAGGCAAAAGUACUGAAUUAAUGCGAAGAGUCCGUCGUUUCGAAAUAGCCCAGUAUAACUGCCUAGUAGUCAAAUAUGCAAAGGACACACGCUAUUCUGACUCAGGCAUGGCAACACAUGACAAAAACACAAUGGCAGCGAUACCUGCCAAUCGCCUGGAGGAUGUGCGACAUUUUGCUCUGAAAGCCUGUGUUAUUGGAAUUGAUGAAGGCCAGUUUUUUCCAGACACAGUGGAGUUUUGUGAAGAGAUGGCCAAUUUAGGAAAGACAGUCAUUGUAGCUGCUUUGGAUGGGACCUUCCAGAGAAAGCCUUUUGGAAACAUUCUGAACCUGGUUCCUCUGGCUGAGAGCGUGGUGAAGCUGCACGCCGUCUGCAUGCAGUGUUACAAAGAAGCUGCCUACACCAAGAGGAUAGGAGCGGAGAAGGAGGUGGAGGUGAUCGGAGGAGCUGACAAGUACCAGGCAGUGUGUCGAAGGUGUUAUGGAGGUCUAAUGGGCGACAAAGAGAACAGUGCUCCAUUCAGGAAUGAAACUCCACAUAAUGUUGCAGCUGAAAAACUCACAGACUCUGGGAUCCCCAGGAAGCUUUUCUCCUCUCUCCACCUCUGACCACUGAAAUGAGACUGUUUGAGAGCAUUGCUGGAUCUCAACACUCAUUCAUAAGUGAUUUUAUGUGAUGUAUAAUUGGGGCAGUGCAGUCUAAUAUGUUGUGCUUCAUUUGAUAGACAGCACCUGAUAGCCUUAAAUGAGUGCAUUACUAAGUUACUCACUUGCACAUUCACCAUCUGUAGUAUCAACUAUAUGUUUUUAAAUUAUUUUGAUAAACAAAGUCAACUGUCUUGUUUUCAUUAUGUAAGUUGACUCCUCGUUUGACUAUUUGAGAAGCGAUAUCUCGUCAAAUGAUCUUUUUAACACUUAAAAUAAGAUCAAGUGGUUCUCCCUUCCUGCCUUUUUAAAUCCUGUAUGUUUUCAAAUCGGUGCACUAACUGUGAGAGGUGUAACCCUAUAACUUCACAUACUACAGGAGACCAAAAUAACCUACUCAAAUCCUGGCAUGCUCCAAGGAUGAGAUGUUGGCUGGCAGGCUGGGAUGGAAAAGUAUAUCCUACACACUAAAUAAAACCUGUAUCACUUCAGUA